AGCUGUGGAGCUGUAGUGUUUGGUCAGGAGAAAUACAACCACCUGUCACUAAGUCUAAGCGCUCACCUGAGACAUAGCCUGGAACACUACUUCAUGCCGUCUCCAUUGGAAUGUAAAUGCUGGGACUGUUCAGGCAACAUGGCAUCUGUGUCCACCCACUUCCUGACACUGCCUCGGGUCCUAAUGCUUCAUGUGAAGCGGUUUUGUGCAGAUGACUGGGAGCCAAAGAAGGUAGAGGACCCCAUGUUUAUCCCAGAAGAACUUACUCUCCAGGGCCUUUGUGGGGAAACUGUCCAGCCUGGUGACAGUACCAUCGAUUCACAAAGGGUGAGGUCACUGGGAAACAACAGCGUGGUCAACACUCCACCAAACUGCCCUUCUAGUUCAGAGAUACCAGCCAGAACCUGUUUAUAGAUUGUCAAGUGUGAUCUCUCAUCUGGGAGACAGCUUGUAUACAGCCAUGGUAGUGGAUGGCUCUGUAUGGA